UAUUGAUAUUGACUAAUGUAUGUUUUGUGUUUAUAACAUAUAUAACCUCAAAUUACAAUUUCAUUUUUCAGACAGCUAAAAUGCAAGGAACCGGUCCAUUUACAAGUACUUCCGCAUUUUGUGCAAAAUGUGGUUCUAUAUUGCCCCUUUUACAAGAAUUUGGAUCUGUAAAGUGUUAUGCAUGUAAAGCCAUUUAUGACCCUGAAAGUUUCAGCAACAUAAAGUUCAAUUACACAAUACAUUUUAAUACAGUAUCAACUCUAAACAAUGAUAACAUUUUAAAUAUGGACAAUCCCGAAGGCCCAGUGGUGGAAAGAAAGUGUCCAAAAUGUGGCAAUGAUAGAAUGUCCUAUGCAACAUUACAGCUGAGAUCAGCUGAUGAAGGCCAAACAGUGUUUUACACCUGUGUUAAUUGCAAGUAUAAAGAAACGGAGAAUUCAUGAAACUACCUGAGGAGACAAUGUAGAUAUUGUUUCUAUGUUUGUAAAAUAUAUGUAUAAUAAAUAUAAUUAACAAAACAUUUUUCGAGAAGAAAAAUAAAUUACUUAUUAAAAA